AUGAGGGUUAUCACUCUAGGUUUAUAUUCUGUAAUCCUUUCUCAAGCCCAUGGUAUCAUGCAUAAGCAAUGGUCAAGCUAUGAAAAUCCACCCUAUGAGAUUUCCUCUGUUGGUGACUGUGAUGGAGAAGCUUCUGCAAUUCAACAGAGUCUAAGCCAAUUACAGACAAGUCAUAUAAUAAAAGCAGGACAAGAGUCCCAGAGACUCCCAUUGGAUCAUCAACAAGAAGCAUGGAUUGAAAGGAAAGGGCUUCAAGGUGAUGACACCUUGCAAGAUUUUGCCACUGUGGAAAACAAAGAAUCAAAAACCACUUUGGUAGCACCAUCACCACCUCAAAUGGAUCGUACACAUAUCAACUUGGAGGAAGUGGUGAAUAUAGGACAGGUGCAUCAAGAGGAGCCAUUCAGUGUUCCAUCAUGCACAUAUAAGUCAGGACUUGUGAGAAUGACACCAGUCUAUGAAGGUGGAGUGGUAGCCAAAACUUAA